CCUCACUCUCCCUCAAUGUUAGAAAUGUUGAGAAAGAAUCACCGGCGUCCACUCGUCAUUGAUUUUCGAGCGGCAUCAUCAUCGUCAGCAACAGCAGCAGCAGCAGGUUGGGGAGGCAUCCAUGUAAACAACUCAUUCGGCGAGGCAGACGAGGCAGACGCACGUGGAAGAAUCUUCUCUUGGUUCGCAAUGGCUGUACGCUGUCAGUUUGAAGGGUCUAAUGAAGUCGGGGUGUUUUCCAAGCUGACCAACGCCUAUUGUCUAGCUGGUAUUGGCGCUUCUGCUAACUUUUACAGUAUCUUUGAGGACCAGUUAAGUGAGACCAUCCCUGUUGUGUACGCCUCCAUUGCUGGCUGUCGCAUUGUUGGCUCCAUGGUCACAGGGAACCGCCAUGGGCUGCUGGUGCCCAACACAACAACUGACACAGAACUUCAGCACCUGCGUGACCAUCUGCCAGAUAAGGUCAAGGUGCAGCGGAUAGAGGAGCGACUCUCAGCUCUCGGCAAUGUGGUUGUUUGCAAUGACUAUGUAGCACUUGUUCAUCCUGACAUAGACAGGGAAACGGAAGAGAUAAUCCAUGAUACUUUACAAGUAGAGGUUUUCCGUCACACCAUUGCCAACAACGUGCUGGUGGGCUCAUAUGCAGUGUUGUCAAACCAGGGUGGCCUCCUGCAUCCUGCCACCCCCACUCAGGAGCAGGAUGAAUUGUCCAUGCUACUGCAGGUGCCCUUAGUGGCUGGAACAGUAAACCGAGGCAGCAAUGCCCUGGCAGCAGGGCUGUUGGUGAAUGACUGGGCUGCCUUCUGUGGAAUGGACACUACAGCCACAGAGCUGAAUGUGAUUGAAAGUAUCUUUAAGAUCACUGAUGCACCUCAGGCUACUGCCUCCACCACGAUGAGGAAGGCUCUCAUUGACAGUAUGACGUAAAGAUGUAACAGCUGUAGCAGCUGCAGCAACAACUGGAGUGUUGGCUGCGGGAAGCAGUUUUUCACAUCCCCUUUGUUAAGAUUCCUAGUAUUCUAUAUGCAUAUUAACUUUUUAAGCCCUGUUUAUAAGUUUUGUUAUAAUUUAAAUAUGUUACAUGCCAUGUUUUGAGAGCUUUUUACCUGAAAUUUUCCACAAGCAAAUGUGCAUGUAUGUAAGAAUUACUUUUAAACCAUAUGCUCUUUUUUUUUUUUUUUUUUUUUUUUUUUCAGUGAAUGUAAUGAAUAUGUUGAUGUUUGAAUAUAUAUCAUGUGAUAUAGCAUAUUCAAGUCCAAUGUAUUUAACAUACAGUAUAAGUCAAAAAUUCCUGUCAAUUACAUUACUAUCAUUUACCUUUGAUUGCCUUAAAGCAGUAAAGCAUACAAGCUGCAUGGCUAUACCUGUACAAAGACACCAUGGUAAAGGAACUACCAAGGAAUGAGUAGAGAUUCCUGUUUUCAACUUUUUAUUUUUUUUUCAUUUCAGGUUUAAACAAUAAUCAAUUUUCAAACUAUAAACACACCACAUACAUACUAAGAACAAUCAACCAGUACUUGUAUUGUAACUGAAUAAACAAUCCACAAAUUACAUCAUAAAAAAAUCAAAACAGAAAAGCACAGACUGCAAACAAAUAUUGUUUACAUAUUUGCUCUGUAGUUGAUAGCAUGGCAGAGCGGUACAAGAAUCAACAAUGUGGUAGGAACUUGGGAGUGCCCAUAGUAACCAGGAAAAUCCUGCCCAGGUCGUAAAGGUUUCCACAAAUAAGCAAGCAGUUACUGUCCUUGAGGAAGAGGGUGAGGCACAUGUGUGGCAUGUGAAAAGGUUCAAUCAUAUCCAUAGAUAAAGCCACAUGGUGAUCAAGAGCCAAGCACAUGAUCCUCAAAACCUUAGGGAACUGAAUAGAUGUACAUACACACACAUGCAGGACUACCAAAGACUGAAUACCAACCAAGAAACUGGAUAGACAGGUUCAGAUGAGACCACAGAAUUAUAGAUUAGCUCAGGUAGCCCUGUGCAGCCACACACACACAUGCAUGCACACUCAGUUUUUAGUUCUAAGAGUUUAAGUAGUAAUGAAAAAAGUGUACUUUGUUAUAAAUUAUUUGCUCUGCAUUGUUUUCUGCCAUGCUGACAUAAAUAGUGUGAUGUGUGUUGUACCUCCUUUCUAGCACCAAGAAUGGAAAUAUGACUAGCAGCAGCGUGAACACAAGAAACACUUCAAGUUGUCAAUGAUAAAUUAAAAGGGAAUAC